AAACCCAAACCGGCCCUGGUGGAUUCCAGCACGAAGCUGACGCGGUCCCUGCCCUGCCAGGUGUACGUCAACGCCGAGGAGAACCUGAAAACGGAUCAGUGGCCGCAGAAGCUGAUCAUGCAGCUGAUCCCCCAGCAGCUCCUGACCACCCUGGGUCCCCUUUUCCGGAAUUCCCGGAUGGUUCAGUUCCAUUUCACCAACAAGGACCUGGAGUCGCUCAAGGGGCUCUACAGGAUCAUGGGCAACGGCUUCGCCGGCUGCGUGCACUUCCCUCACACGGCGCCCUGCGAGGUGCGGGUGCUGAUGCUGCUCUACUCCUCCAAGAAGAAAAUCUUCAUGGGCCUCAUCCCCAACGACCAGAGCGGCUUCGUCAACGGCAUCCGCCAGGUCAUCACCAACCACAAGCAGGUGCAGCAGCACAAGAUGGACCAGCAGCGCGGGCUGGGGGGCUCGGCCCCUGUUCCUGGGGCUCCCCCGUUCCUGCCCAAGCAGCCGGGGACUCUCCCCGUCACCUCGGGGGUUCAGCCGCAGGUGAGCCCAGGCCUGGCGCAGGUCGGGAUCAUGGAGGAGCAGCAGCGGCAGCAGAGCCUG